CAUUACCCCACCCCCUGCUGCAGCGCCAGCCAAUGCCCUACCUCCUGCAUCAGUGCAAGCCCUGCCCCCAGAUUCUACACAAGCCCCGCCCCAAGCACCUGCACAGGUCCAAGCCUUACCCCCAGCUUCUGCACAAGUCCAAGCCCCAACUCAAGCAGCUGGCCCCCCAGCAGCUGAAGUCCAAGCCCAGCUGCCGACAGAGACCCCGCCCCCACCAGCCCCAACACCUUCACCUGCACCCUCCCCUGCCCCCCCACAGACUCCAGAGCCUGACAGACGCUCAGCCACACCUGGAGGGACCAGGAAAGAAGUCACAUGGGAGGACCAGCAGAAGAAAACAGCCAAUGGUAUAGUACCACCUUUUAGCCCCUCCCAUCCUCAAACACUGGUAGAAAGUUCCCUCUGCAGAGUUUGUGAUAACAACUAGAGAUGAGGACUGGAUCACUAUAGUUGGUAAAGUAGCAUGCCAAAUAUGGAUAUCCUGUUAGUAACAAGACCUGCCAAUCAUCCACCUAUCCAAUAAACAUCCACCAGUACAUCAUUUAUUGAGUUUUGGUUGUAAAUAACUCCUCCUCUUUAAUCCAU